AGUUUCGAAGACGAGGGUUGGUGUGCAUAUUUGCGUGCUUGUCGAACAUUCAGAUUUGCUAUUAAAUAUUUAACCGCGGCUCCCGCGGUCGCAUUUCUUGAUAUUAUUUAUUUGUUUUCUUUUAUCAGUGCAUGUUUUGUUUAAUUCGUCAAAAUGGUUGUUGUAUCGCCAACAUUUUCAGUACCGGUAGAAGGCAUUCUCAUGCAGUUACCUUCAGUGCAAUUAAUUGUUAAUAACGAUGUAGACUUGGGUACGGCGACUCUUUACAUCACUGAGAACAACGUGGUAUGGGGCGGCGGCACCGGCAAGCACGGCGGGCCGUCCUCCACCGUAACGCUGCUCUACCCCGCCAUCUCGCUGCACGCUAUCCAGCGCGACCCCGGCCCAGGACUCAUCCUGGUCAUCAACCAUGAGCUCAGCCUGCCAGAGCUGACGCAGCAGGGCGGCGGCGAUGCCGGCCAGGACAUCGACGAUGAUUAUGAUGCUGAUGAGGAGCCCAUGACUAAGCUCAGGUUUGUCCCAGCCAACGAGAACGAUCUGGAAGCGAUGUUCCUGGCUAUGAACCAGGGUCAGGCCCUCCACCCGGACCCAGCUGAUGAGGUGGACGAGGACGACUACCUGGAUGGCGAGGAGUUUGAUGAUGGUGACGACGCCUUCGAAGACGCCGAAGAGGUCCACACGUCCCCUGAAGAGGCGGCCGCGCGGCUGCGGCAGCUGCACCUGCAGCAGGAGAACGGGGAGAGGAACAACGCGGACGAGAGGCCCGACGAGAGGCAGCCCGCGGACGAGAACGAUGAUAUGGCGGAGAUCCAAUGAUUGUUGUCGACAGCGGUGUUCCUCUUCAGCACUCUCGUGUUCCAGGUGUCGCGCCUGUUCACCGCCAUGCAGCGACACGCCCUGCGCGACCUCAACGAGGGCCGCGAGACGUUCUACUCCACUGUUUGUAACCAGGAACUCCCUAAACUGUGGUAAAUCUUACCCUACCCUCUGCCUGCCCGGUCAUACUCUAUGAUGUAGACAAUUUUUUACUUGUAUUUGAAGUUUUUUGUGCAAUAUCAAAAGCUGUUAUGGUUAUGUUUGUUUAGAGCAAAAAUCUAUACAUUUUGAUUGAAUACAAUGGUAUUUGGUGAGAUUAUACCACCUGUUUGACAAGACAAACUCUCCAAUUCGACAUGGUAAACAGGGAAUAGAAGCAUUUUUUUGCACUGGAAACUUUAACAUUGCCAUACUUACUCAGUGAAAGAUGGUUUUUAAAGAUGAACUGCAGCAUUUUAAACUUCAAAAAUAGGUUACUGGUUGAAUAUUAUAAUGUUAAUCAGUAUUAAAUCUUAUGUAAACUCUGUCUCUUGUAAGUUAAACAGGGAGAGAUAGAUAGACAUUCGAAAAAUAAUUGAUUAUGUGUUAUACUAUUCGCUGAAGUAAAAUAAAUUGUCUACAUUUAUCUAAAACAUCAAAGAAUUUGUACAUGGGCAAGAGGGCACUUUCUUUUUCAUAACUCCUUCCCCUAUUCAAAAGAGGAACACGCUGAUCAAAUAAGUCCUGCUGUUGGGCAACAUUCUAAGCCCAGUCUUAGGAUGUAUAUAAUAGUUACAGAUUUAUCUAAAUGUUAAAUGAAGUAUACUUUUAGAUACCAUAGUAAAAUAGUCAAAAAUUCAGUGUUUUAGCAUCGUUGUGAGGAAAUGGUUAUAAAAAGGGUAUCUGACUAAAAAAAUAUAAUUAGUCCGUCAGAUUGAUCUCCAAAAAUAUUGGAUACACACAUUUACUAAUCGCACUGAUAAGUGACGUCACUCGAUAUCCCAAUUGAGAAUAUGGUUUACAACUACCUACUUGUAUACACGAUAGAAGAUAAAAUACCUAAAGAAUAUUUUGUGGAUCUAUACAACAGACUUAUUAGAUUUUCUUAGUGAAAUACUCAAUUUGGAGACAUCUUUUGUCAUCUAAGAUAGUCGCUGUCUAUUAAACAACUUUCGUUAAAAGAUGAAAAGAACAUUCUUCUUCUAGUAUUGUUAUUAAUAUUUUGAUGUGUUUUAAAACUACAGUAUGCUUGUACAUGACUUUGGGCCUAGUGCAUGAUUCAUAUGCGAUAUGUAUGUGAAAUUUUCUGAAUGUUAAAUAAAUACUGUCUUUGUAAUUGAGGCUACAUUUAUCACAUAAAGUUGUAAUAGAUGUUAUUGUGAAAUAUGUAAACAGUUAUUGCUUAUAUAAUUAAAAUCUCAAUUGCGUUAUAUGUGUUUGAUAUUCAAAUAUGUAGUUUUAGACAUUUUUAAACUAUAUUCGUCUGUUUUUCAGAGUUACAUGAAAAUUUUGAGAUGAUUUUGAUUUUUAUAACGUAAGAUACAUAUUUAUAUAUGUAUUUAUAAUGGCUUUAUGCUCGUAGCCGCCUAAAUGACCGUCAUUCUGUUUAUAUACAUAUAUUUUUCUACUGAUUCUCAAAUACAUUCAACUUGAAUAAUUUUGUGAAGACAAGUUCCUAUAUAUACAGCUGUUAGAUUUGACGGUCAAAUGAUUUAGUUUUUCUAGAAUUUGACUUGCAGUAUCACUUUCUAUUGGAAAGAAUUAUGAUAAAUUGUUGAUUAUGAUACCCAAAAUGGGUGAUUACUUCUCAAAAUAUUAGCUUAACAUAGUCAUAGCUGGGUAAAUAACUAAAUAUCUUCUGUUAGUGGAAGCUGUAUGUAAAAAAAAAAAACAGCACAACUACCCACAUAGUCAAGCGAUCACGAUGGUAGGAAAUGCUGUUGUCGAAAAUUGCCACGCAAGUAGUGACAAAUACAAGUUCUUUCACUAUAUCAGUAUACUAGUAUAGUGCAGUGCGGCAAAUAAAAUUAGAAAACGUUUAAUCGAGAUGAACCAAAACACUCACGUUGUAUAAUAAUGGGAUGGGCAUAUUUUAACUCUUUCCCGCCCUGUAGACUCAUUAGAAACACUGUCUUCGUUGCUGUGUCAGUUCUAGCUGAUCUUCCAAACCAAGUUUUAUUUUUCGUCACAUAGAAUUAUCUCCGUGACACAGAUUAGACGUAAAUAAGAUUUAAAAUUUGUAUGUUAUAUUGUCUCUUGGUGUUUAAAAUAGUUAUGCGUACUACGAUUGAUUUGGAAAGUUAUUAAAUUACAAAAAAUGUACAAAAUUAAUCUUUCGAAUGGUAUGGUAUCUAUAAACAUGAUAUCGGGAAAAGAAAAGCUAUUUUUAUAUAUAAAAAUGUGUAUUUAGUGAACAGUAUUUAUCGAUAAAAUGUUGGUACAUAGAGGUACAUAUAAAACUCGAAUAUUUUUGAAAAUUGAUGUCAAUUUGAGAAGGGUUCGUAAGGCCAGAUGGUAGGUGUUCUAAGAGUUAGGGAAGGCAAUUAAGAUUCGGUGUGUAGAGAAAAACUGAAAUAUCCUGCAUAAAAAUAUAUAUUUUUAUAAAUGUGAUGAUAUAACUGAAAUAUAGUUUUUGAGUUGUCUAUCAAUCGUGGUACGCUUCUCUCAGUAGCCACAACAGUUUCAACUGAUAUAAUUAUACGCUCAAAUGUUAGUAGCGUUGUAUUUGUAAUCUAAACUUGUAGUUACUGCAUCUUUAAUAAAUAACCAUAUCGUAAAA